CUCCGCCCAAGCACCCGUAAAACUUGGUGCGCUCCGAACCUGUAGCCUCCAUCUCCAAGAAGCGCACAACUCAAGUCGUGACAACUCGCGCCCUUUGUACUGUAACCACGGGGUUUAUUCCUCAUACUUGUCGCUGGUUCUGCAAAGAUGGAGCACGAUUGCAAGACGCCGGGGUACUCGACGGCCGACAAGACGUCGUUCGCCUACACCUCUGCCCGCGAGAGGUGGCCCAUCAUCAUUACGCAAGCCAUCGACGACGUGUAUCGAUCUGUGGCUCAGAUCGACGACUCCGCCAAGACCGCCGAGGGCAGGGGCAUUAUCAACGAGCUCGCGCAGCUCAAGUACCAAGUCCAGCACGACCGGCAGCUCACGCCGAUCCCAGACGAUGGCGGUUCCGAUAUCAAGCUCUACAACAAAGAGCUUGAGCAACGGGGAAACCCUACCUGGCUGAAUGCGAACUGGCUUUUCUCCGAAUGCUACCUCUACCGGCGUAUAAGUACAAACUUCUCGCUCUCCACCCACUGGAGGGGAUACGACGUUUUUGCGAGACAGAAGAUCAAGACAUUCCGCUCCUCCCGUCCCGCCGUCGCCGAGCUUGCGGCCCGCUACAGUGAGCUGGUCAAGCAGCUGAGAGAGCGUAAGGCCGGUGACGGCGAGGCAGACAAGCUCCUGUUCCGCGAAAUGUGCGAGAUCUGUCUUUGGGGCAAUGCCACCGACCUCUCGCUCCUGACUACUCUCUCGUACGAGGACAUCCAAAAGCUACAGGGCUCUGAGGCCCGCCGCGCCGCCGAGGCAAACAUCCUAGUCAACGACCUCGACGCAGCUUUCGACACUCUGGUCGGCGCUAGGGGCUCCAAAACAAGCCCCACCGGGCGGCGCCGCGUCGAUAUCGUUCUCGACAACGCUGGGUUCGAGCUUUACGUCGACCUCGUCUUGGCCGGCUACCUACUCGAGGCCGGGCUCGCGACCGAGGUUGUUCUGCACCCCAAGGAGAUUCCCUGGUUCGUCUCGGACGUAGUGCCCGCCGACUUUGGCGCGCUUCUCAACGCCCUGGCCAACCCGAAGGCCUUCUACGAGACGCCGUCGGAUGAGGAGGCACUGCAGGACACGAAGCCCGAACCGCUUUCGGAGCGCGAGGCCGCCGAUAUGGCAUUCCUGUUUUCCAAUUGGACCGAGCUCUACGCAGAGGGCAAGAUCAUUCUAAGACCGAACGACUUCUGGACCCAGGGUGGCAGCUACUGGCGCCUGCCCGCGCAGUGUCCAUUUUUGAUCAAUGAGCUGAAGUCCAGUGAAUUGGUCAUCUUCAAGGGCGACCUCAACUACAGAAAACUAACCGGAGAUGCUGCGUGGGACCCCACCACACCUUUCACCGAGGCCAUCGGGCCGAUGGGUCCUGGCUCUGGCGUCAACGUUCUCGCGUUGCGAACGUGCAAGGCCGACGUUGUGGUUGGGCUGAAGCCCGGCCAGGACGAAAAGCUCCGGGAGCAGGAUAAAGACUCGGACCCGGCGGCUAGAAAAUGGGCGUGGAGUGGAAAGUAUGCAGUCGUCUCUUUUUCCCACGGCGCGUAGGGCGGUUAGGUUACCCUUGGUGUGUGAUGUGAUCACUCUUAGAGACUGCAGAUGCACGAUAGAUCCAAUUAGGCUUAGACUAGUGGCCUGAUCAGGAUAGCACUUCGUUCCAUGGAAAGUUUGGUGAUGGAUAGGAUGUUUCAACUUGGCAGAUCCCUUUCGGCCUCUCCUGGUUUUCCGCGACAAACAAAGGGGCACUAAACGUUCCCUUGGGUUACACGAG